UUUUUUUUUAAGGAAAUAAAUGCUUCGAUCCAUGAAAGCCAAACACGUUCGCAUGGUCAUUGCUGGCCUCUCCCUAAUUGUUUCCAUCAUCAUCUUGGGAACAAUACCCACCUGGGUGGAAAGUCAAAAAUGUUGGGAAAUCUGUGUGUGGAAUCAUGUUUGCCUGCUGCAAAUUCUAGGCGGAGUAUUCCUAUUUGUGGGCUCUUUAAAGAAUAACUACUGGCUCUUCCUGCCCUGGCUAGUAUCGUCCUGUAUUUUUAUUUACACAUUGCUCUACAAGUCGGUAUUAUAUUGGUAUCACCUGGAGGGUAGAAUAUUAAUGGUGGUUCCCCUUUUGCAAACCAUAGCUGGUUUCUGGUGCUAUUUUGUGGACGAUGUCUUCCAGGACUUUCUCCUUUGGCACGGUCAGGGACAUCACAUAAAUCUCAGUAAUUGAUCGCAUUUUUUCCCUGUGAAAUGCAAUUGAGCUGAGUGUAAAGGCAAGUAAGUGUGAACAUUGCGGUGGGUGGUGAGUGUGUGUGCUUGUGUGCUUUAGCCAAAAGUAAAAUAAGCGUUAAAAUGUCUGCUAACCCAGUGGAAACGACAGACAGGGUUUGAGUCUGCCAUUGUGGGUCUCUUCUGGGGCUCCGUGUGGUAUCGUUGCAUGCGUAUUGCAUUACCCCACUCGCACCACCCACUUUCACCCCGCCCAACUUGUGUGUGGCACAAAGUGGCAUAUGAAUAGAUACAUGUUUUGUUGCCUGUUUUGUUUGCUCCCCGCUCAGUCUGUCUGUGGGCUGGUUGUCGUAAUCCAACAAGCAGACAGGUUAAAUACACCGCAAGGACAGACUCAGACUCUCUCUCAUACACACACAUACACACAAGGGGCGGCUGCUGGAAAAAAGUGUGACAACGAUGGGGAAAAUUCAGGGUUUUUCCAGGGGGUUUGAGAAUGGAGAUAGAAGAGACUGCGACUCGAGUCGCGAUUCAGCUGGGAAGCAGACGCAGCCAAACAAACAAUAAUCAUGCAACAAUAGUGAGAGCCGCAAACAAAUUGCUUUUCUAUGUCUACACGGUCAUGUAUGGGUAUCUGUGUGCACUGCGAUAUUAAGGAGUAACUAUAAAUAUAAAUAAAUUAACCAAGUCGAUAUAAGUAACUAUAUGAAUUAGAAAAGGUACAAUUAAAUACUGGAUGCCAAAGAUAACAAAAGCUACUAUAUGUUUCGUAAUCUUACUAAUUUCUUUUAGAUUUUAAGAUAAAUUAAGCUGUAAUAACGUUCUUCAACUUAUAAAUAGAGACUCCAUUCUUUCUAAAAUAUAAUAAUAAUAUAAUUUCCCAAGUAACCAUAAUCUCGUGACAUAUUUUUCUUCUCAGUGAGUGUGUCAUGUUC